UUUGGGCCUCCGCCAACGCGCGAUAUUUGAGCGGAACAAAAACAACAGCUCAGAUUUCAAGGGGGUGGCUCCGCCGGAAAGCACAGCCAUCAAGGUGUUCAGCAAGAUGGCGGAUUUCAGGCCUGGGGGACCUCCCUCCCCCAUGGAGAUACGCCGUAACGAGGGAUUCAAGGAUCUACUUUAUCAAUGAUGAGACCAUGAGCACCUCGUGGCUCCACCCUCUGACCGGCCAACCUGUGCAGACUGGCUACAGGGACAGGAAAGAUUUGCCCUCAGGCUGGGAGGAGGCAGUGACACCAGAAGGAGCACCGUACUUUGUGGAUCACAGAGGGAAGAAGACCACAUUUAAACACCCUGUGACGGGACAGACACCGACUGGGCCCAGGGACUACAUACUUAUGGAUCGGUCCACCAUCACAGACAGUCGGAGCACCAGUACUGUGUCAUUCCAGGACGAAAAGAAACCGAAUUCUAGCAGCAACAAGAGUCCAAUGGACGUUGGUAUCCUUGGGGGCACCUUGAAAGAGCGUAAGAAAGAGCCCCCCUCCCCCACCCCCAGCGGUUACCUGAUGAGAGGCUGGUUGAACAAACAGGACCACGGACGCAUCAAGUCCUGGAGGAAACGCUGGUUUGUCCUGACCAACCGCGGACUGCUCUACUACAAAAAUGAAGGAGAGAAUAACCUGCUUGGAAGCAUCGUUCUGAUUGGCUACAAAGUGGAGGCUAUCUCAGCUUCUCCAGACAAGAGUCGCAGCAGUCAGAAACACGCCUUUAAGCUGACACAUCCCUCACAAAGACAAUACAUCUUCAGUGCGGAGACCAGAGAAGACAUGGUGAAGUGGCUCAAAGCCCUUAACGCUGUCACCACGACUGAAGCACAAGCAAACAGCACCAACAACGUGCCUUCUCCCGUGCAAAACAACAACCAGCGCGGGAAAACGGAAGACGGGGACGAUGCCGGGUUUAACCUGAGGGACCGCGCCCUCCGACCCCGGGUCGUGUCAGCUUCCAGUCAGGAAGGGAACACACCGACGUCAUCACAACAGUCAGCCCAGAACGGCUACCAGCCCAACUAUCGGUCCCCAAAUUACCAGGAGAACCGACAGAACUAUGUACAGUACAGGCCCAAAGGCGAUCGGAACGGACAUGCGGCACCGCGCCCCGUAACGUACCAUGCUGGCAUGGCGAUGACAAACAAUGUGCCCGGUAGUAAACCCAGUUCCGUGGACACGGACUCCGGAUACCACGGCUCGGAGCGGCGGCCCGUACAGAACUCGCGAUCUGACUCGCGGCUCCUUCCCUAUGCAAAUGAUCCCCGCGGCCUCUAUCGAAUGGGACAGCCGCCCGACCCCCGCACCGUUCAACGUUCGGAGUCCUUGCAACGGUUGCAGCAAUGGAAGUCCCAGACCCUGGAACGCCAGGGAAAAUCGCGGUCCGACUUGUCCACGGUCGAGGAAGUCCCCCGCGCUAACUAUCGCAACUACCAACAGGACAAUGGUUCCAGUUCCAAUUACUCGGCGGAACACCAGAAAGGAGUGUACCCGGACUCGUACAAGACGUUACCCAGACACACGAACGUGGCGGAGCUGAGUCCGAAAUACAACGCCGCCCCUCCGAGCGAAGAGUCGUGGCACAUCUCCACCUUACCGCGUAGUACGAGCAGCGGGUACAAGGCGGCGCAGGACCAGUACUAUCAGAACUAUGUACGCAGCCAGGCAUGGCAGCACAACACACCGGCAGACCCGAAAGAGCUGAAGAGGGAGGAGUCCAUGCGUCAGCUGUCGGAUUGGAGACAACGGACUCUGUCAAGUACAACGUCACAAGGUUCAGUUCCGAGUUCAGGCCCAUCCCAGAGCAGAAAUUACCAGGAUGUCAGAAGAAGGGAGCCGGCAGACGCGGCGCGUAAGGUCCGGCCGACGUCGGAACACUUCAGGUUCCCGGAGACGAGAUCAGUGGACGCCGUCAUGAGAGAGUCGCGGCCCGUGUCGGCCCUUCCUACCCCCCAACCUCAGGUGUGGACGUCCCCCACCCCCCAUGGAGUAGACCAGCCGGAUGCUGCAGUCAGCAGAAACUACCGCACGGCGGUACAAGAAGCCCCCAAGGUGUCUCACGCUGCCUAUAACCACGUGCCUGAGACCAAGACGGAAUCAAAUGAUGAUGCUUACAGUUUGGGGUUCACGACCCAGCUACAAACUGACCUCAUCUGA